AGACGGCCUUCCCGUAAUCUGGAACUUUCUGGAUAAUGGGUCUCCGGAUAACGGAUCCCACACCCGUAUUAGAAUUUUAUACUUAAGAUGCACUCUAUGGGAGAUGUCCUUCCCGUAAUUUGGAACUUUCUGGAUAAUGAGUCUCCGCAUAACGGAUCCCACACCCCUAUUAGAAUUUUCACUUAAGAUGCACUCUAUGGGAGGCAGCCUUCCCUUAAUUUGGAGCUUUCUGGAUCAUGGGUCUCCACAUAACUGAUCCCACACCUGUAUUCGAAUUAUUCUCUUAAAAUGCACUAUAUGGGAGACGGCCUUCUCGUAAUUUGGAGCUUUCUGGAAAACGGAUCCUACACCUGUAGCACAACAGUACUUUAAUGAACAUAUUAAACUAAAAAUAGAAAAAAAGCAUAUAUGAAGGAAAAGUAGGGAAAUAUUGUGAGCGUAUAUGUUAUGUAUGAGUUGUGGGCACUAGGGGGCGCAGUUACACCGCCAUGGGAUGGCAGCACCGCUGAGAGCUGGGCAAUUAUUUCUGAAAAGAAAAAAUAAUCUCAGGUUUUAACAAAAGAGGAAAAGUGUUUUCAUUGUGAAGCUGGAGGCAGAGAGAGAGCAGCGUUCCCAACCUCCUGUUCUGUAGCACCAACUCCACCUAAAUCCUCAUUUCUGGGGGGUCUAAGCCUUUGGGCGGGGGGAAUAUCUAUAUGACACUCAAGGUAGGUGUCGGGUGCAAAGGAUCUGGGUUCAGUUGCUGUUCCAAUGCCUGUAGGCUGUGUAUCCCCAUGAUGGAGGUGGCCUCUCGCUCCACCUGCAGGACAUGAGAAUUGGAAGGGGGGACACUGCUGGAGAGAACCCAUUGGUCACCCAGGAUCUCUUAUCUGGAGCCAGAGUGUGAGGCAGAGAAACAGCACAACAGCAUAAAAGUGGCGGUAAAAAAGAGAAUCUUAAUGACCAGUCCAUUUCUCCCAGACCAUCGCCAGCACUUUUCAGAUGCCAUUUUUGGAUGAAGACAAGAGCUUCCAAGGUGUCUACAAACCAACAGCCCAUCAGCACCCGCAGGAAAGUGGCCGAACCAUGUGCAGCGAGUGUUACACCAACCAGACCUACAUCCACGAUGACGGCAGCACCCACCGGUACUCUUCCAGGCUGGCACCUGAUAAGAGCGGCCUCAUCUUAGACAUCGGCUCCCUGAAAAUGAACGAGUUGGAGACGGAGGUCCCCCCGCUGCCCCCGCGCUACCGCUUCAGGGAUUUGCUGCUCCGAGACCAGACCUUCCAGAACGACGACAGGGUGCAAGUGGAAUUCUAUGUGAAUGAGAACACCUUCAAAGAGCGUCUCAAACUGUUUUUUAUCAAAAACCAAAGAUCAAGCCUCAGGAUACGUGUCUUCAAUUUCUCCCUCAAAUUGUUAUCCUGUUUCUUAUAUAUUGUCCGGGUUUUGCUGGAUGAUUCGACGCAAGCCGAGUGCUGCCCAAAGCAGAAUGCCACUGUUCAUAAACACCAGGAGAUCCGCUGGGAAGCCAUCCUGUGGGUGGAGAGAGCAACUCCUUUAUGGGUGAUACAGGUUAUAGUGGCUGUUAUCAGUUUCUCCGAGACAAUGCUUCUCAUCUAUCUCAGCUAUAAGGGUAACAUCUGGGAACAGAUCUUUCGCAUCUCAUUCAUUUUGGAGAUGAUCAACACCGUUCCGUUCAUCAUCACGAUAUUUUGGUCGCCUCUGAGAAAUGUAUUCAUUCCCGUUUUCCUCAACUGUUGGCUGGCAAAAUGUGUUUUGGAGAACAUGAUUAAUGACCUACAUCGAGCUAUCCAGAGGAUACAAUCGGCCAUGUUUAAUCAGGUGAUCAUUCUGGUCUGCACCCUUCUGUGCCUUGUGUUCACAGGCAUGUGCGGCAUCCAGCAUUUGGAAAGAGCCGGAGAAAACCUCUCGCUCUUCAAAUCUUUUUACUUUUGCAUCGUCACCUUUUCCACUGUGGGUUAUGGAGACGUUACGCCCCAAAUCUGGCCUUCCCAGCUGCUUGUGGUAAUCAUGAUAUGUGUGGCGCUGGUGGUAUUGCCUCUACAGUUUGAGGAACUGGUGUACCUGUGGAUGGAGCGUCAGAAAUCUGGAGGAAAUUACAGCCGUCACAGGGCCCAGACGGAGAAGCACGUGGUCCUUUGUGUCAGCUCCCUGAAGAUCGAUCUGCUGAUGGAUUUCCUCAAUGAAUUCUAUGCCCACCCUCGACUGCAGGAUUACUACGUAGUGAUACUUUGUCCAACAGAGAUGGAUAUUCAAGUUCGUCGGGUCCUUCAGAUUCCGUUGUGGUCUCAACGAGUUAUCUAUCUCCAAGGUUCAGCCUUAAAAGAUCAAGACCUUAUGAGAGCAAAAAUGGAUGAUGCCGAGGCUUGCUUCAUCCUCAGCAGCCGCAACGAGGUGGACCGCACAGCAGCAGACCAUCAAACCAUCUUGAGAGCAUGGGCAGUAAAAGAUUUUGCCCCUAACUGCCCUCUGUAUGUGCAGAUCCUAAAGCCUGAAAAUAAAUUCCAUGUAAAAUUUGCAGAUCAUGUGGUUUGCGAGGAGGAAUUUAAGUACGCCAUGCUGGCCCUCAAUUGUGUCUGCCCGGCCACUUCCACGCUGAUCACCCUGCUAGUUCAUACCUCCAGGGGGCAGGAAGGACAGGAGUCCCCAGAGCAAUGGCAGAGGAUGUAUGGACGCUGCUCUGGAAAUGAAGUCUAUCACAUUCGGCUGGGGGACAGCAAGUUCUUCAUGGAGUACGAGGGCAAAAGCUUCACCUAUGCUGCUUUCCAUGCACACAAGAAGUAUGGUGUGUGCUUGAUAGGAGUCAAGCGAGAAGACAACAAGAGCAUUCUUCUGAAUCCUGGGCCAAGGCACAUCAUGGCCUCUAGUGACACCUGCUUUUAUAUCAACAUCACCAAGGAGGAGAACUCUGCAUUCAUCUUCAAGCAGGAGGAGAAGCAGAAGCGGAAAGGACGAGGCUUGUAUGAUGGGCCAUCGCGGCUGCCGGUUCACAGUAUCAUCGCCAGCAUGGGUACAGUCGCAAUGGACCUGCAGCACACAGACUGCCGUCCCAUGAACAGCAGCAAGCUGACGCUUCCAUCUGAGAAUGGCGUGGGAACCCGAAGGCCCAGUAUUGCCCCAGUUCUGGAAAUCGCAGACACCAGUACCGUGCUACCGUGUGACCUCUUGAGCGACCAGUCGGAGGAUGAGCUCACGCAGUCAGAUGAUGAAAGCUUUCCAAUAAUAGAAUAUGUGAAAGGGUAUCCUCCGAAUUCACCCUACAUUGGGAGCUCCCCUACUCUCUGUCAUCUCCUGCCCUCCAAAGCCGCCUUCUGCUGCCUGCGCCUGGAUAAGGGCUGCAGGCACAACAGCUUUGAAGACGCCAAGGCCUACGGCUUUAAGAACAAGCUGAUUAUCGUUUCAGCAGAGACCGCUGGGAAUGGGCUGUAUAAUUUCAUUGUCCCUCUGCGGGCUUAUUACAGAUGCCGGAAAGAGUUGAACCCUAUCGUUUUGCUCUUGGACAACCCGCCUGAUAACCACUUCUUAGAGGCCAUCUGUUGCUUUCCCAUGGUUUACUUUAUGGUUGGCACCAUAGACAACUUGGAUAAUUUACUGCAGUGUGGGAUCAUUUAUGCGGACAACCUGGUGGUGGUAGAUAAAGAAAGCACAAUGAGCGCAGAGGAGGAUUACAUGGCUGAUGCAAAGACAAUCGUAAAUGUACAAACAAUGUUCAGGCUAUUCCCAAGUUUGAGUAUCACCACAGAGCUGACACACCCUUCCAACAUGCGCUUCAUGCAGUUUAGAGCAAAGGACUCAUACUCUCUCACCUUAUCCAAGCUAGAAAAGAAAGAACGGGAAAAUGGAUCCAAUUUGGCUUUUAUGUUUAGACUCCCUUUUGCUGCUGGAAGAGUUUUUAGCAUCAGUAUGUUGGAUACAUUAUUAUAUCAGUCCUUCGUGAAGGAUUACAUGAUAACAAUCACAAGGCUUCUGCUUGGUCUGGACACCACACCCGGCUCUGGUUACUUAUGUGCUAUGAAAAUCACAGAGGAUGACCUGUGGAUUCAAACCUAUGGCAGAUUAUUUCAGAAACUCUGCUCGUCCAGCGCGGAAAUUCCUUUCGGGAUCUACAGAACACAAUCACAUACGUUUCCCACAUUGGAGCCUCACGACAUUAGAACACAGUCCCAGAUCUCCAUCAAUGUAGAAGACUGCGAGGACACAAAAGAUGUCAAAGAAUACUGGUCCGGCAAAAGCACGCAGAGGAACUCCACGUCCAGUGACCAAUCAGAUCACCCCUUGUUGAGAAGGAAAAGCAUGCAGUGGGCACGGCGGCUUAGCAGGAAAGGAAACAAGCAAGCAAAUAAGUCGGCUGAGUGGAUAAGUCAGCAGCGGUUGAACUUGUACAGGAGGUCAGAGCGGCAGGAACUCUCUGAGCUGGUUAAAAACAGAAUGAAGCACCUUGGCUUGCCCACCUUGGGGUAUGAGGAUGUAGCAAAUUUAACUGCCAGUGAUGUGAUGAAUCGGGUAAACCUUGGAUAUUUGCAAGAUGAAAUGAACGACCACCAGAACACAUUGUCAUAUGUCCUCAUUAAUCCACCCCCUGACACCCGCCUGGAACUCAACGAUAUUGUAUACUUGAUCCGAUCAGACCCCCUCGCACACGUCUCCAAUGACUCCCACAGCCGGAAAAGCAGCAACAGCUACAAAAUGGAUCAAGUGGGAAAUCCAGAAACAAGGGACGAGACACAGCUAUGAGUGUGAAAUAGAACUAUUCAAAAUGGUGCCUAUAAAGCCACUCAACUUCCAGACUCUCUAUCAUGUGAAGUGCCAGAGGCUGACUGUGAGUAUUACGGGAAGAGUGUGGAGUAGGAAGAGGAGAAGGACCUUCAUUUUUCAUUUAUCCACUGCCAACUUCUAAGCAUUGCGCACCUUUCUCAAUCUUCAAGCUUCUGCCUUGUAUAAUCUUAUCUACCAAGGUAUGUCCAACAAACUCCAUCAGAGCAAAUGGUUAUCCAACUUGCGAACAAACUGCAUAAGGUUCGGAGAAACGGUUCUGACCUGUAUUGUGUUUACAUUGACUUCUGUGCAAGAGUCGCAGCUUUGCUUACUGAAACAGUCCACAACAUCUAAGCAGAGAACUAGAUGCACUGAUGAUAGCCUUAAAUCUCCCCAAAUCAUAUCUAGCUCUCCAUGUAGUUACUGAGAGCUUGCAAAGAAGGCACUUACAGCUGCAUGCCCACAGCAUCCAAUAUGUCUAACACAUUACACCAUGCUGCACUAUAAUUCAAAACAUUGCACCCACCUGGCCCCAGGGGCUGUUACACAUUAUACCAGUGGCAACCAACCAGUGGCUACAGGUUGCUCUCAGACCCUUUGGAUGUUGCUCCCCAUGGCCUCAAAGCAGGUGCUUAAUUUUGAAUUCCAGGUAUGAAGGCACAUUGUGGUUACAUUAAAAACAACUGUACUGCCAAACAGAACCUCAUGUAGGCUGCCAGUCUUCCAUAGAGGCUACUAAAUGGUCAAUCACAGCCCUUGUUUGAUACCUCCAAAAACAUUUUUCAUGCUUGUGAUGCUCCCCAACUCCUUUUUACAUCUGAAUAUUGCUCACAGGUAAAAAAGUUAGGGACUCCUGCAUUAUGCAAUUCUCCAUAGGUGUGUUCUGCUAAAGGCACAAAAAAGACUCCAGCCACUUAACACAAUUCUAUAUCAACAGUUCCCGUAACUAAAACAUAUGGAAAGCACAUCUAGAUCUGUAGGAAAAACUCACAUAUACACAUUUACAGACUGGGCCCCUCUUUCAAACAAUACUCAUACUAUAUGGAUAUCAGUGAUGGUCAAACAUAUUUGGUUAAAGGGAACUCCUAGACGCCUUGUUUACAUCGAACAUUUGAACAAAGCCUUGGGAAACUCAAACUGAUAUGGAAUUAUAUCUCUAUUUUACCAGUAUUUUUAUUUUAAUUGCACAAUUUAAUACCAUAUCAGUAUUACUUGGCCAAAGCCGAAAAAAAGGUAUAUUUGUUUUACUCCUCCAUAAACUUUGUUUUUUUUAUUUGCUCCAGAUUUGGAGGUAGCCAGGUCUGGGCAAUGCAAUAUUCCAUAUCAACCCAGCCCCAUAUCAACAAAAUGUCUGGCAUAUUGGAAACUUGUUGACUAAUUAGGUCAGUGUAAGGACUACGGUACAUUAUUAUUAUUAUUAUUAUUAUUAUUAAGUCUGGUUGUUGCUGCUAUUAUUAAUUCCCAUUAACUGGUAUGAGAACUGAGCAAAGUAGCACCAGAAAAUGGAUCAGAUCUUACAAAAUGUUGUGUCUCUUGUCCCAUCAAUGGCAACGAAAUAAUCAAUUUAUACAAAGGCAGCAAUUACGUUGAGCUGACCUGUGGGUUGGAAAAAUAAUGGCUCCUAAUUAGUUGUAUACUUCCCUUCCUUACCCUAUCGGUGAAUUGAGUUCCAGGGCAUAUAUUCAAUGGAGACUGCACAUUUUUGUUCCACCUGUCAAUGGACAUUUUCAAUUCAGGCUUGCCUUUCUUACUUCUGGCUAAGGAAAUGAGUACAAUUCUGGUGGGUUGAACUCCUUUCCAAUAACAAAAAACAUCUUAUUGCAUCACAGAUGCAUUCCUCUUUCCACCUCAUGCCUUGGAUUAUGAAAAAAAUCUGGCAGUAUGACAGCAAAGUUACUAUGGAAGUCGGAUGAUAUGUUGAGUCAAACAAGACAUCUGAUCCAAGGUCAAUCCUGUCUUUAAAUUUUUGAAAAUUCAGUUUUUCACAAGCCACACGGGCAGAUUCAGGGAGAUAAAUCUCCAGGUGACAAAU